UAAGCUUAAUGUUGGAGCUCGCUUUGAUCUGGAUUUUAACACAGCAACAAAGCGAGGCUAUAUUCUACGAGGAAAUCCAGAUGUWCAAAUAUUCAAUGGUGCUCCUAACUUUAAACUCCGUGUAAAUGUURAUACUGGAAACUUUGGAAGAACUUUCCAGGACAGAACACACGUCUUCUCCAUUCGUAAGCGACCUGCAAGUCUCAAAGGCAAAAMGAUUCACAACGUAAAUGUGCGCGGUAAACGAGGCAACAUCGUGGAAGUGUUCCCAUCGGUUGAGUAUGACUUUGUACCUAAYACACUUGUGAUGUCUCCUGGUGAAUACGUCCACUUCCAGUGGACUGGUUCCAACACCAAUGACCGAGGUAACGAUGGCCAAGGCUUGCUUGGUACAGACAGAUCCAAUGUGGUCCCAUUACGAUACAACGAGUGGUCAAGAAGUUAUCCAGCUAACAUAUCUACCGCUUCUUUCCUGGGAUUUAGUGAAAACGAUCUUAAGAAUCUCGCUCUUGUGCGGCCAAAUCAACUUCAUGGGGAAAUCUCCUUACUAGACGAUGCAGGAACAUACUUUGACCUGGGACCAAGGAUGGUAACUGGAAUAGGGACAUAUUAUUACAUGUCGACCAGGAACAAUGCUUUCUCCAAUCGCAGCCAAAUCUAUUUUAGGUGGACUGGUUCCAACACCAAUGACCGAGGUAACGAUGGCCAAGGCUUGCUUGGUACAGACAGAUCCAAUGUGGUCCCAUUACGAUACAACGAGUGGUCAAGAAGUUAUCCAGCUAACAUAUCUACCGCUUCUUUCCUGGGAUUUAGUGAAAACGAUCUUAAGAAUCUCGCUCUUGUGCGGCCAAAUCAACUUCARGGGGAAAUCUCCUUACUAGACGAUGCAGGAACAUACUUUGACCUGGGACCAAGGAUGGUAACUGGAAUAGGGACAUAUUAUUACAUGUCGACCAGGAACAAUGCUUUCUCCAAUCGCAGCCAAAAGGGCCGGAUUAUCGUGAAGAAUCCUGACCGUGUCAUAAGCAAGAGAGUCGGUUACACUGGAGGCAGCAUCACUAAUCGGGGCAUGAAAGUAUUCUUUCCUGUCGGUUUCCUAUCCAAACGAGAGGACGUCAGCGUUGAAGAAAUAUCCCACGCAGACGGCGAAAYAAUGAUUCAAAAUGAAGGAGGYGUARUYCCGCCAGGGACUGGGUACGCCAGCCCGUACUUUAUGUUGAGCRCACAYUCUGAACUGGGCUGCGAUUCAAAUCCAGCUCAAGUGUUCCUGAGACUUGCUAGGGUUAACGGUGUCYAUGUGUAUCAUUCCUCGGAAAAACUUYGCUAUAAGACGUGGCAUAAAGUCGAUGCCAAAAUGAGCAUCAUGCAUGCAUCAUUCAACACUGCACACGGUGGACUGUUCGUUGCCAGGACAGCUAGCAACCCAUCGCUUCCCACUGUUUAAUCUCCAUUUUUGCCAUCAUGAUUAAUUCGUAAUAUGCCACAUACAAUGCAUUAAUAAAAUAAUUUGCACUGAU